UAAUUUGUGGUUGAGGAGGGAGUGAGCAGACUGUACUUCUUCUGGCUCUUUUAGGGGGAGUUGCUGCAGUUUUGUGUUUUUGAAACUUUUUUUGAAACUUCCUUCUUCUGUGCCAUGCGCAUUUUUUUCGGGCAUGUCUGACGCCUCCGGUGAUGUCACCGCCAUAUGGAAUGCGAUGUGGAAGUACUGCAUUUCCAGCCGAACUAUAAGUGUGGAAGGGGAUGGACGGCCCGGUGAGAGCGGCCCUUCCUUGGACGGUGGAGCCGGCUAUGGCCAGGGUCCCGUGACUCACGGCUCAGCCAUCAGCCCCGACCGAUUUGACGGCCAACUUUACAGCCACGGAGUUCAGCCUGGUCCUCAGAGGCCGCGUCGGCCCAAACUCCAGCACUCACAGUCCAUCCUCCGGAAGCAGGCUGAGGAGGAGGCCAUCAAGCGUUCCCGCUCGCUCUCCGAGAGCUAUGAGCUCUCUGCUGACCUCCAGGAUAAACAGGUGGAGAUGCUGGAGCGUAAAUAUGGUGGACGAUUCAUAACUCGCCAUGCGGCUCGCACCAUCCAGACAGCCUUCCGUCAGUAUCAGAUGAACAAGAACUUUGAACGUCUCAGGAGCUCUAUGUCAGAGAACCGCAUGUCCAGACGCAUCGUUCUCUCUAACAUGAGGAUGCAGCUCUCAUUUGAGGGCCCUGAAAAAGUGCACAGCUCCUAUUUCGAAGGGAGGCAGGUGUCCAUGACGGAGGAUGGCACCCCGCUGUCCAUGGUGCAGUCUGAAUGCGGAGACAUAGAGGUCCACCAGCAGGCCAACAUGGCAUCUCACCCGGCACCACAGAGUGACCUGACGGACGCCAUCACAGAGCUGGAGGACGCCUUUUCCAGGCAGGUCAAGUCUCUGGCCGAGUCGAUAGAUGAUGCUCUGAACUGUCGCAGCCUCCAGGGGGAUGAGGGUCCUGACCCGGAGGCCAUGGGCUGCUCCGAGGUGGAAGGUGAGGUGCCCUAUCAGGUGAAGUCCCACCGCAGGGCAGCUGGGCGGAUGCACGAUGAAACGAUGGCAUCCUACAGCGAUGUGACUCUGUUCAUAGAUGAGGAGGACAUGUCCCCUUCUAUUGCUCUGUCGAGGUCGGGGGACCAGCCCUCAAGCACAGAAUCAGACUUACGCUUGCGGUCGGUCAACUCCUCCCAAGAAUACUGGCCUAUUGACCCCAAAGAUGAGGGUCGUGACACAGACACAAGCUGCCGCAGCACUCCUUCUCUGGAGUGCCAAGAGCAGCGUCUUAGAAUGGACCAUCUCCCUCUGUUGACCAUAGAACCUCCUAGUGAUAGCUCUGCGGAGCUCAGCGACCGGUCCGACCGCGGCUCUGUCAAACGGCCGCCCGUGUAUGAACCUCACAGCCACAUCGUGACGUCAUCCCAGGCGAGCCCCAAACACAUUUCCCACGGCCCCCCUCCUCGAGCUCCCUCCCGUGACGACGACGCACCUCUGCGCCACCGUCACCGCCAGCUAGAGAGCCACUUGGCUAUCAACGGCUCGGCCAACAGGCAGAGCAAGUCGGAAUCGGACUUCUCCGACGGGGACAACGACAGCAUCAAUAGCACAUCGAACUCGAACGACACCAUCAACUGCAGCUCCGAGUCCUCGUCCAGAGACAGCCUACGAGAGCAGACGCUGAGUAAGCAGACGUACCACAAAGAGACUCGCAACAGCUGGGACUCGCCCAUCUUCAGCAACGACGUGAUUCGCAAGAGACACUAUCGCAUCGGCCUGAACCUUUUCAACAAAAAGCCAGAGAAGGGCAUCCAGUACCUGACUGAGAGGGGAUUCAUCCCUGACACACCAGUUGGCGUUGCCCACUUUCUUCUGCAAAGGAAGGGACUGAGCAGGCAGAUGAUCGGAGAAUUUCUGGGCAAUCGACAGAAACAGUUCAACAGAGAUGUCUUGGACUGUGUGGUAGACGAAAUGGACUUCCAGGGCAUGGAGCUGGACGAGGCCCUCAGGAAAUUUCAGAACCACAUCCGUGUCCAGGGUGAAGCCCAGAAGGUGGAGCGGCUCAUUGAAGCCUUCAGCCAGCGAUACUGCAUCUGCAACCCCACGGUGGUGCGGCAGUUCAGGAACCCUGACACCAUCUUCAUCCUGGCCUUCGCAAUCAUCCUCCUCAACACCGACAUGUACAGCCCCAACGUCAAGCCCGAGAGGAAGAUGAAGCUGGAGGAUUUCAUCAAGAAUUUAAGAGGUGUGGACGAUGGCGAGGACAUACCUCGGGAGACUCUGGUUGGCAUCUAUGAGAGGAUUCGUAAGCGAGAGCUCAAGACCAACGAAGACCACGUGUCGCAGGUUCAAAAGGUUGAGAAGCUCAUUGUGGGAAAGAAACCAAUUGGAUCGCUGCACCAUGGCCUGGGAUGUGUGCUGUCGCUGCCUCAUCGCCGGCUGGUGUGUUACUGCCGCCUGUUUGAAGUGCCAGAUCCCAACAAACUCCAGAAGUUGGGCCUGCACCAGCGGGAGAUCUUCCUGUUCAAUGACCUCCUAGUGGUAACCAAGAUUUUCCAGAAGAAGAAGAAUUCGGUGACAUACAGCUUCAGACAGUCCUUCUCUCUGUAUGGGAUGCAAGUCAUGCUGUUUGAAAAUCAGUAUUACCCAAAUGGGAUCAGACUUACAUCGGCGAUACCAGGUGCAGACAUCAAAGUGCUCAUCAACUUCAAUGCGCCCAACCCCCAGGACCGCAAGAAGUUUACAGACGACCUGCGAGAGUCUAUUGCCGAAGUCCAGGAAAUGGAGAAAUACAGAAUAGAGUCUGAGCUGGAGAAGCAGAAGGGGGUGGUGAGGCCCAGCAUGUCGCAGAGCUCCGGUCUGAAGAAGGAAGCUGGCAACGGGAACAUGAACCGUGCCAGUCUGGAUGACAGCUACGCCAUGGGAGAGGGCCUGAAGAGGAGCGCCCUCAGCAGCUCCCUGAGAGACCUCUCUGAAGCAGGCAAGCGGGGGCGUCGCAGCAGUGCAGGAUCACUAGACAGCAAUAUGGAAGGGUCCAUCAUUAGCAGUCCAAACACACGAAGGAGAGCCACCACGCCGCGCGAGGGCGCCCCCCGCGGCCAUCCCUCCAUCCCUAACUCAGCAUCGACUUCCAUCCUCGGGUCGCUCUUUGGCAGCAAGCGAGGCAAACCGUCAUCUCAGAGCCACCCCCCUUUCCCCCCGCCCGGUCACCCCACUCUCAUAUCCCACAAGCCCCACCCGACCAACCUGCAUCACACGGCACAGGCGGUCCACGCAGUGCAGGCCCAGCUCCACGGCCACCAUUCCCAGUACUGCCAAGUCCCGCAGAACCCGCCGCCUUACCACCACCACCACCACUACCACCCGCCCCCCCACACGCAGUACCACCAGCACCCGGCCUACACCUCGCACACACACCAACACGGCCACUCGCAGCACAGCCAUUACAGCCAGCAUCCACAUCACGUCUCGCACUCGCAGCACACUUCUCACCACCACAGUCAGCAGUCGGGUUCAGCGCCCGGCGGACCCAAACCCAAACACAGUGGCAUCAGCACCGUAGUGUGAUGCUCCUAACGCAAGAGAGGAGGAAACAAGGAGGGGACUUUAUGAAGGAGGGACAAUUGCUUACACCAAAGGGACUGACAGCAUAACUCUAUGGCCUGUCCACUGUGUUUGUGCUGCUGUGAUGGAAACCAAUCACACGCAGUCACCUUUUUUCACUCUAAUAUGCAGGAUGGAAAUCGGACUCAAAUCUUCCACUAGGGGCCUUUUACUAGUUUGCCUGAUCAGGGGCUUUAGUAGUCCCAUCAGGGUUUUGUGUGGGGUUUGUGCGGGGGAGGGGGGGUUCUGCACAGGAAGAUGCUCUUUGUUUUCAACACACAAACACACACACACCGCCCGGCCGUGAUGGUUGAAGAGAAACUGUGUUUUCUCCCCAAGCCGCUCCCCCCUGCUGCUCCAUUCCCCUCAAUAAUCUGUCUUACCUUCACAUAAUCAGGAGGAAAGAUGGCCUGAGAUGAGAACAUGGCUGACUGUUUUUUUUUUCUCUGUCACAGUGGCAUAAUUUCUUGUGCACAGCCUUUUUGGAAGUCAACUUUCAAAUCUUUGGUUUGCAGAUCCUACCAUCAUAUGAAUGCUAUUUGUUGUUGCCUCCUGUAGAGCUCAUAUGUAGUGAAAAAACCUAGAUAUAAUCAUUUCACACUAACUUAAAUCAAAGGACAGGUAAACAACUCGACUGAGUCAGUCAUAGUAGUUCUAGUGCUGUAUUUACUGUAGAUGACAGCUAUAUGUGUUGUCUCCUAGCUCUCAUAAAUAAAUGUGCCAAUUAUUAAUGCAUAAUCUAUUUAGUCAAGACUUCAUGUACAGUAUAUUGUGUGUAAAGUAAUUUGUAAGAUUAUACUUACAAUUAUUAUUAUCAGCAAAAAGGAAUUUUAUCAGUAUUAUACUGACUCAGUGGUAACAGGAUGUAGAUCUGGUAGGAGUGAACUCCCAUUUAGUUCGGCCUGUAAUCUAUUCUGGAAUUUUCGCCUUUCAAAUGAAUGAGACAGAGCCUCUGGACGGCAGCUGCUGCAUACGGGCCUCGAAAUGCUGUGUUGUCACAGCUGACGCCUCAAAACAGACUUUUCCUGUCAACUCUUGCUGUUGACGAACUAGAUCAGUUGCUUGUUUGGUUGUCCGUUUACUUCUCAUGCUGUGGCUGCCAAAAAAAAAAAAAAAAAGUU